ACUGCAUGCCAGGUACUUUGAGUUACACGGAUUGUCACACUUAAUCUACAUAAUAAGUUUAUGAGAUAGGUGCUAUUUUCUUCUGUUUUACAGAUUAGGGAAAUGAAGUUUAAAGAGGAUAAGUAAUCUAACCCAUAUCAUUUUCCCAGUAAAAAAUAAGGCUGGAAUAUUAACUUGGCAGGAGUCUGACUCCAAAGUCUAUGUGAUCAAUCAUGAUGCUAUACAGCUUCCUGAGGAGCUGGGAGGGGAGAAUCGAGCCAGGCAUUAACCCUCUCUACCACCUGCACAGGGAUCAUUCAAUUCUGGAGAGAAGCCUAUGAAGGCCAGGCCACUAUGUACAGUUCUUCAGGUUGUGCACUGUUUAAGCAUACCACACACAUUGGGAUACCAUUCACAUUGUGGAUGUGUUCUUACUUACAUGGGAGGUUAUAUGUGUUUGUGAAGAUCUGGAACUCUGGGACUGGAGCUCAAGACCAAGUCCUGGGAUAGGAGCACACACAGCUGUGCACGUAGCCAGUGCACAUGCACAUGUGCAAGACUGACUUUUCCCAGCCACACUCCAGGCAUCCUAUGAAACUGUUUCUUUCCCUCUCCUAUUGCUUUUAGUGACUCAAUUACUACUCUCACAUUUGUCUUCAAACCUGGGAGGGGGAUGCACAGAGAACACAUGCUGCCAUGUGGGUUAUCCAAAUUAUAUAACAAUAUACUAACACUUCCAGAAAAUUUUUUUUUUCAUAAGGAAGAAGUGCCCUUUCUAACUGGCCCAAGGGGGCUGCAUUGUCUAUCAGAGACUUGUGAGAGUCUUUCUGUCAUCUGCAGCACUUCCAUCCCCCCGAGGCCUUUAGUUGUUGAGCGCUUGGCCUGUACCAGUCAUUAUAAUGUCAGUUUAAAACCAACAGAGACAGGCAGAUCACAUCUUUACAAGGAAAUACAAAAGAAGAAAGCUCACCCAUAAGAUUUUUCUGAAGGGAAAUAUUGGGGUAUUUUCUCAGCAGGUCAUGCGUCUGGCUAAGCCACGCUUGCCAGUGUUCUUUUUCCAUGGAGAUCAUCUCAUUUACUGUACGGUGCUUUGUCCAGAGUAUGAAUAAGAAACCACCAGGCACGCAGUUGAACAGGAAGCAGUGACCCAGACAGCCUCUGCCUGGUCGCUGAAGGGGCCAGGUCAUCUAGAAGUCGCCAGCUGCCAGCCAGAAAGCAGGGGAAUUCCUCUCCUGAAUUUUGUCUCUGCCAGCUUGUUACAUCACUUAUCUGGGAGAAGCCUGAGUGGGAGGCUAAGCUGGGGCAUCCUGAAAAGGCUGGGACCCUGGACUAGAGGGGAAAUGAGAGGCGAAGAGAGUGGAUCAGUGCGUUUCCCUUGAAGCUCCUGUCACAGCCCUGGAAAAGUUCUGCAGGAAUAAGUGACAGUAAGAACGACAAAGGACCAGGACUGGCUCCCUCUUCUAAGACAUCAGUCCAAGGCCUGGGUUAUAGUGACUCGCUGCACGUUGAGGGAGGUGAGUGGCUGAGGAUCCCCUGCACCUCCAUCUUCAAGUGUUCACCCCAGCUGCUUUCCAACAAAGCCCUCUGUCUCAAGCUUUCAAGCAAAGAAACCCGAAGACAUCCAAGCGUUAGCAUCUCAAAGGGAGAAAAAGAAAAGUCCAAGUGGAUUUUAUUUCUAGAGUGAGAUGGAUGGAAAAGCCCCCACUGAGCCGGGAGAACAAAAGGUCACCAGCCAGAGGGCAGGAUGGACAAUGCAGAUCCUCUUCACACUAUGCCUGCUGCACGGCCUCAAAGCCUGGCUGGGAGAAAGGAAAAGCCUGCAACUGGCCACAAAUGCAUUGAAGGGCCCGAGGCUGGUGACUGGGGAGCCAGGGGGAGCUGUCACCAUCCAGUGUCGUUAUGCCCCCUUGUCCAUCUACAGGCACCAGAGGAAGUACUGGUGCCGCCUAAACCCCCUGACGUGGAUCUGCCACACCAUCGUGUCCACCAACAGCUACACUCACCGUCAGUACCACGGCCGCGUGGCUCUCACAGACUUCCGACACAGUGGCUUAUUUGUGGUGAGGUUGUCCCAGUUGUCCUCAGACGAUGUGGGGUACUACCGCUGUGGCGUCGGAAACCAAAACGACAUACUGUUCUUCAGCAUGAACCUGACCAUCUCUACAGGUUCUCCCGGCACCCUCCCCACCGCUGCUGGCGAACUCCUCACGGGAUCCUGUGGAACAGCAACACCAGCGGCCAACAGAGGGACCCCAGGAACCACACAGACUGCAGAAAGACAGGGGACAGGAUGGGAGAGGGCUGCUGUGACUCCAGGAACCAGCAAAACUACAGCUUCAGCUAAGGGAAGGCCAACCCCAGGAACAGCAGGGGCAGGAGCACCAGGGACAGACAGCUGGGUAGAAGCUUCCCUCUGGGCAACCGUCUCCAUUCCAAGGAGUCCGGCUGCAGCCACCGGAGGAACUAUGCCAUCGGCAGGCGUGUGGACCUUGGGGCCCAGCGGCUUGGAGACGGCAGCUGCAGAGGAAAGCGUUGACAGAGACUUAGACACGGCUGACGGAGACAGUGGUCCCCAAGCCACGCCAAGCCAGGCCCCGGCAUCAGGGCCCCAGAGGCCCCUGGGGAAGGGGUCCUCCAUGAAAAGUGCUUCUCCAGAAGAGAAAAACAUUUCUCGGGUCCUGACUCCGGUCUCUACCAUGCUGCUCCCCCUUAUGUUUGUGGCUCUUGCUCUACUGCAGAGGAAGCUCCGGAGAAAGCAGAUGUCUCAGGAGGCAGGAAGGGCGGCAGGAGUCACCUUGCUUCAGAUGACACACCUCCUGGCAUGCCAGCCUGUCUGUCCCGGAGAAGGACCCUGGACCUUGAAGAUGGAAGGAUCAGCUGCUCAGACACCAUGGAAGGAGAACCAGGACCAAACACUGUGACUCCAGCCACUUGUCAUUCUGUCUCAACCUGUACAGAGGGAAGCUGACCGAGCUGGGGCUUCAUCUGGGGAAGUAAACGCUGACCACCCUGGAGCCUAGGAAGGUCAGACACUUGCCAAAGGUGACAGUGACUCAGAGAAGGUUCAAAAAAGGAUUAUUAAACACUGGUGGAGGUCACCCAGGAAAUGUGUGGAAUUUCCAUUCCUGGAGGUUUGAAAAUAUAAGGGGCUUCCUAUCUGGGUGGAAAUUAUGAAUUCUCACCAUCACUCCUCGUCCUUGCUAGAUGCCCACUUUCUGAUGCACUCAGCCGAUUGCCCACAGUUAAUUACAUUCAUGAAUACUGGGCUUGCCUUCUCAAGUAGAUGCUAAGCUCCUUUAGGGCAUUAAUUGUGCUUUAUCCAUCUCACUAUGCCCCAGAGAACUACCAGCUCAAUAGGGCUCCCAACUCAAUGUGACUGAACGGCUGCCAUGCACGCAGGCCCCUGGAGGGCAAGCAGGUGCUCUGACUCCCCUUCAUCUGGGCGUCCCCUGGAUGACUCCAUAGGCAGGUGGCUUCUACACAGAGACCACGAGGGACACCACCCAAUCCUCAAACCAUCACUUUCCAUUUGUCCCCAUACUCAUUAUGCUGUAGACCUUUUGACCCAGUCAAGACUUUCUGGGAUUUUCCUAAAUUCAUGGAAGAGGGGGGUAUUUUUCAGUAGAGUCUCGCCUUCUUCAUAAAGUUCCUCU